CUAGUUAAAGAAUGAAGAUUCUUUGCACAUAAACAUCAAGAUUUCUGGCUCUAAAGAAGAUGCAAAAUACAGACCAGUUCAUUUGGAAGAAAAGGGUUGCUUUCAUCUAUAGGUUUUACUUGAAUCUGAUGAAUGUUUAAUCAAAAAGUUGGAAAUUUUUGUGAGUUGAAAUUUGUUUAUGAAAAUGUUUAGUUCUUCAAACCCUCUUCCUUCAUCAAACCAUGGCCUCCUCCCUCCUCCUUCUGGUAUGUUUUUUGGUCAAGAAAAAUAUGGUGUUUACUUUAACCACCACCCAUUUGUCUCUGGAGAAUAUUAUUCUUUUGAUAAUGCUCUACCUCUUCCACCUGUUAAAGGUUCUGAUGAUCGUAAUCAUCAGAACCACCUUUCGGGUGCGGAGUUUUCUCUCUCUAAAGAGAGAGUUGCUGCUUCAAAGAAAAAUCGGCAUAGUAAGAUCUUCACAGCUCGCGGUCCUAGAGAUCGGAGGGUGAGAUUGUCCAUUAGCAUUUCAAAAAAGUUUUUUGGGCUUCAAGAUUUGCUAGGGUUUGAUAAAGCAAGCAAAACCCUAGAUUGGCUUUUUACAAAAUCUAAAGCUGCAAUAAAAGAUUUGGUUGAAGAAAUGAAGCACACUUCAUCUUCAGCUCUUUCUGAUAAAUGUGAAGAAGUUUUCAUGGAGAAGAAGCCAGUAGGUAAGUGUGUUAAUGGCAACAAAAAGAAAAAAACAACACAUAAACAGAAAUCUCGAUUUCAUGUGAAUAUUGCAGCUAGAAACCAUAAAAGGGCAGAGGCAAGAUCAAGAGCUCGGGCACGAACAAGCGAAAAAUUACGGAUUAAAAAGCUCAACAACGAUAUAAAGAAUGUUCUUGAUGACCAUAACUACUGCUAUGAUCUUGAAUCAAGCUGUGGGAAUCAGAUUCAGUCACAAAGUAAUCAUGAAGUCAGUAUUGGGGAAUUGUUGACUGAACAAAACUUCAAACUCACAGUUUGAGAACAGUACACAUGAUCCAUUGAUCUAGAUCCCCAAG